CACCGGAUCUCAGUUGGUGAGCGGAGUUUGACCGGGAGUGGUACUGGCUAAUCGUAGUACGCCGGAUCCCAUCGUCCCUCGAACGAAACGCUCAAAAGAAAAGGGAGAGAGAAAAAAAGCUUCGAAGUCGCUUCUUCCAAUAACGUCCUCUUAAGUAUUAUAGUUGUCCUCCUCCUCCUCCUUCUCCUCUUACUCUUCCUCCCGACAGCGCAGGAAAAGGAGAGGAGAGUCCUUCAGAAGGCCCUUCCCUCGUAGAUGUUGUCGAAACUGGACGUGGUGUAUCCGUAGGAUACUACAGACUAAUCUGUACGACUCAACCCACCACCACCACCAGCAGCCUUUGCUGUAUCGACGGGGUCUCGUUUUGUCCAGCUGUUUUCUCGCUCACGUUGUUCACUGCAGUCCUUUUUAACGAGAUAAGCAAAGUGCUGCCCUUAAGCGUAUAGUAGAUGUGCGAGUGUUGGAGAUUCGGUAUCUGCACAAAGUAUGUAUUUUCGUUAUACUUUUAGCGUAGAUUGCUGAGAGAGAGAGAGGCCAAAUUUUUAUUUUCGUAUAGCUCAGUAUUAUUACAGUCGCUAGAUUAACUCAGUCUUCAGGUGUUACAAAAUAAUGUAGUCCAUCUCGUCGCAUAUGAAACCUACCAAAGUCUAAUCGCCAGGGACUUCCUCGGAGAACGUCACUGUCGUGUCCUUAUAGGGUACUCGAAGAAAACACAAAGUAUACCAACCAACAAACUGCAGCUAGUAUAGUUACCACAGGCAGCGACUGCAGUCACGAAGGUCAAGCAAUCAGUGGCCCCAGACGUCUUCUAUCCAAGACAACUGACACUGAUUUUUGCUCGAGAAGGGCGUGAUGAUUCAAGAAGGGGCACGGGGGCAGUGCUGUCACCACCUCCAGUGACUGACUGCCACCACUGCUAUGCCAUUACAUCCCAAAAACGCCUCCAUACGCCGUCGUCGCAGAUGGCACGGUCUCCCCCAGCUGGUGGGGGUGACAGUGUUCACCUUUGCCUUCGUAGGUGUCAGCAUCCUGCUGCAGGACACGCCACCGUCCUUUCAGUCAUCCUCCUCCUCCGCCGCCGCCGCCCUAGUGACGUCUCGCCUCUCUCACCCUCACGUGGUGCGGACUCGAAGCCUCAAGCAGGUCUCCACUACCACCAGUUUCUACACGGAGGAGGAGACUGACGUCCCCCUCGUGGAAGAGCUUAAUGCCACCAAGCCCCAGAAUGACCCCCUCUUCCCGCCCGACCUCUUCACGCCCGAGGAGCGCAAGCAGGGCGCCAUCAUCCUGCACGUCAUGGGCAUGAUCUACAUGUUCGUGGCCCUGGCCCUCGUGUGCGACGAGUUCUUCGUGCCGGCCCUCGACGUCAUCAUCGAGAAGCUGCAGAUUUCGGAGGACGUGGCGGGCGCCACCUUCAUGGCGGCCGGCGGCUCCGCCCCGGAGCUCUUUACCUCCGUCAUCGGCGUCUUCAUCAGCUUCGACGACGUAGGCAUCGGCACCAUCGUGGGCUCGGCUGUGUUCAAUGUGCUGUUUGUGAUCGCUAUGUGUGUGUUGUUUUCGAAGACGGUGCUGGACCUCACUUGGUGGCCGCUGUUCCGCGACGUGACUUUUUACAGCACCUCCCUCCUGCUGCUGGUGGUGUUCUUCCUGGACAACAACAUCUUCUGGUACGAGGCCCUCAUCUUGUUCCUCAUCUAUAUCACCUACUGCCUCUUCAUGAAGUUCAACGAGAAGGUCGAGAGGUUCGUCAAGAAGCAACUCAACCGCAACAAGGUGACCCGAGUCUGCUCCACCGACCAGCUGGUGCCGAGCCAUCAGAAUGCUGCUCAAACAUUGCACGCGGGGGGUCCACAGCCUGCGGCGGGAGGAGAGAGACGCCAAUCGGCCCCUGUUCUACACUCCGGCACCAAGUUCAGACAUGGCCUCCUACAGCUUAUGAUCCAUACUAUCGAUCCGCUACACGACGGACUCGAGGAAGAACCUGGCAAAGUGGACGAGAAGGCGACACAGCUGCACGCCAUCGCAUCUCUGAAGGUGCUGCUCGACGCCACCAAGCCCCAGAACGGCCGCGUGGAGACCUACCGCUCCGACGGACUCACCCCGGACGCUCGCCCUGACAAUCAGUCGCACGUAAGUGGCCGGUCGUCCCAGGGCACGGAAGUGACGCACGUCGACUCCCUGGGGUCCUCGGACGCGGCUUCCCAUAGCGGCCCGCACACCAACGGCGACCUCCAGUCCGAGAGUAACUCCGUCGCGAACAAUGUGAGUUAUGGCACCAACUCUGUGCGCAAGAUCCCUCCCACCACCAAGGCUCUCCCUCCUCCUCCUCUUCCUCCUCCUCAGAACGGCAGCGGCGGCGGCGACAACAACGGCGUCGCGCCGGCUGCCCCCGACGCCACUGAUGUGGAGGCAGACGUCACCACCCCCGCGGGCGAUGGAGACGACGACGAUGACAACAAGCCUAUAGACCUCAGCUGGCCGGACACUUGUAGGAAGAGAAUCACGUAUAUCAUCGUCGCUCCUCUCAUUUUCCCACUGUGGCUGACGCUGCCUGACACGAGGACUCCCAGAGGGAAGCGCUUCUUCUUCGUCACUUUCCUAGGAAGCAUAGCCUGGAUCGCAGCUUUCUCAUACCUCAUGGUUUGGUGGGCUACACUUACCGGGGAGGCCUUGAAUAUAGACUCAGAGGUGAUGGGGCUGACGAUCCUGGCCGCAGGUACCUCCGUCCCUGACCUGAUCACAUCUGUCAUCGUGGCCAGGAAAGGCUUCGGGGAUAUGGCAGUCUCGUCCUCAGUUGGAAGCAACCUCUUCGACGUCACCUGUGGGUUGCCAAUUCCGUGGUUACUCCAUGCCUUAUCUCAGGUGAUUGGAAAUUAUAUCAAAAAGAAGGAAAAUCCUUGGAGUGUCAACCCCAUCGAGGUGAACUCAGAGGGAAUGGCGUGCUCCAUCAUGAUGUUGUUCAGCAUGCUCAUGUUUGUUAUCGUCUCCAUCGCCUGUUCAAAAUGGAAGAUGAAUAAGGGCCUGGGAGCAGCCAUGUUCGUCCUUUACUUCGUCUUCGUCAUCUCGUCCCUUAGUUUCAAGUAUGGGUUUGUCGUCUGUCCAAUCUGAGGAGGGGGACCUGUCAGCCGCCCGUCCUUUCGCCGGGGGACAUCCGUCAGGGAGGAUGCAACGUCACUACUGCCUCUGUCGUUCCUCUUCGCAUCCUCCUCUUCAUCCACGCCACAAGCUUUUCCUCCGCGAAAAAGAAGAAGAAGAAGAAGAAGAGGCAAACACAAGGAGGAACACGAGGGUGGAAUCGUCGACGAGGGGAGCAAAUCCAACGCAACAAACUUCAUCGAUGAUGAUGAAGAAGAAGAAGAAGUGCUGCCGAUCACCUCGACUUCUCGUUGAAAACUGUUAGUCUUCAAAGUGAAAACACGACGCGUCCUUUCGCCAGCACUCUUCAGUCGAGAGAAUCGUACGUUCGACUCUCAAUUCAUUGCCAGUUUUUAAGUUCAGAACUGAAACUCUCGCCUUGUUGCGUUCCCUACCAACGAAUGUUCCCAAAAAAACAAAACAAAAAAAAAGAAAAGAGUUGUUCGCUGAUGCACACGGUUCUGUUGAGUUGUCCAGGUGUAUUUUUCUCUUCUCGUCGGUUCAUUCCUUCAAGGUCAAGUUUCUUAGCUUGUUUUGGGCCCCCAAAUCACCCCCUAGGUUUCACAUAGGGAAGUAGCUAAUACAACUCCAAUAUCCAUUUACUCUGAGGCCCCCCCCCCCCAAGUAGCUCGUCAGAGGGCCCAUUCUAUACAACUGUAUUAGUGACUUUAUCUAUAGACGCUAGAUCAAUGCCAACCCACUUCAAUCCAGAGAAAUAGUUCAAAUUUAAUAGUUCUUAUUAAACAUCAUGUGUCAUCUUGACGGAGAGCGGUUUCGAGUGAAUAGGAAAAUGAAAUAGAUGCAUCCAUCUAUAUAUACAUAUUCACGCAUAAAAUAUACUUAAGAAUAACAGUACUACAUUCGCAGAAGCACUCGAAGUUGAAUACUUGUAUAACAUAGAAAUGCCAUAGUACAUUUUACACAUUUGGAUGAUCACACACACAUUUCAUGCAUAUGUAUGUAUGUAUUUAUAUACAUAUAUAUGUAUUGUAUCUAUGUAUAUGUAUAUAUAAACAUGCUCUGUAACUGAGGAGCUUUUAAAAGCGUAUCUCAUCCUCUUAAAAAAAGGUAAAAAAUAAAAAAACAAGACAUUCGAAGGUGAAUCUGGUGGAAUUUUUUUUUCUUCGUUUUGUUCUGUCCCUUUAAAAGAAAUACAUUUGAGAAUCAACUUCACUCCUUCCUUGCCAUCUUUCAUCACCUCAAAAAGAGAGAGAUAAUAAAAGAAAAUAAAAAAUCGUCUUCCUGAGUCGUGUCAGGUGUUGCCAGUAUAUGCUCCAGGUGUUGCCAUACUCCUGGUGUUGCCAUACCCCAGGUGUAGCCAUACUCCAGGUGUAGCCAUACUCCAAGCACAGCCAUAUUCCAGGUGUGGCUAUUGAAAUCGGUACUCGUUUUUUCGAAGAGUGUUUGUUGUGGUUCUCGGACAAUGUGGUAUGAUGAACUGUUAAACGUUAGCAACAACGGUUGCUAAUUUCGUCUUAAUUGUUGUAAAAUCAAAGUUAUUUAAAAGCGUAUAUUGACGUCAUUCCAUUCCUGUGGCGAGAUGGAAACGUGCAAGUCCAUUGGUAUAUCUUUUUGUGGGUUUUGUGUCACUUUUAUAACUCCAUUUGUUAUCCUCCUAAAAACCUUUGAGAUUGCUCUAUUACAAAACACCUCAUGGCGACAUGAUCCCAAAGAGUUUUUGUCGAUAUUUACAAGGAAAAAUAUAUAUAUAUAUCUAUAUACAUAAUAAAGGAAAAAUACCGGCCCCCCCCAAAAAAAAAAAAAAAAAAGUUCGCGAACGAUGCUUUUGUCAGCAGAGUUGUGCUUUGUUGGAAAUUUAAAAGCAUUUUUUGUAGCUACCAGCACUUGAAUAUCGAAAUGUCGACUCCUUAGUAUCAAAUUGCCUUGCAUUAUUAUUAUUAAUCGUUAUCGUUUGAAGACUCGAGGCUUUUUACCGUGACAAACACACGCCAUUGCCUUGGAAUAGUCUUUCCGUUCUGGUUUUCGUCUGCUAGUGUGGUUUUUCGCAGAAGCUGUAGUCAGUCGCAUUGAUGUUAAUAAAAGUGGUAUACUGUUGAUGUGCCGUCGAACGUAGCCGCCGAUGCGUUUGUUUUUUUAUGUCAUUUUCAAAAGUCAUGUCACGUUACGUCACAUCCAAUACAGACGGACGAGGAUUUUGAGAAAUUAAAAGAUGGUCGUCGAAGAUUCUAAUCUGUGAUACUUACUUCCCUAAAUACCGCCGCUGAAUAUCCAACUCCACCACAACCAAACCAAUUACCCAAAAAAUAAAAAAAAAAAUUCCACAUCCAACAUCCCUCCACCACCACAACCACCAUUCCCCCACCACCACCACCAACCACCACCACUAUUACCACCACUAUUACCAUCAUUCCUCGAACACCAGCUCGUUUCCACUCGAUUGUGAGGAGGUAGACCGUAGCAGCUUUGACUGGGCCAAAGUCUUUCCGGUUUUUCUUUCCCAGGAGACAACAUUUAAGUAGUUCCAAAUGGGAGAGUCUCCGUCAUGUUAUAUAUAAACUUAUUAUCAUUCUAUUUAAUAUAAUAAUAAUAAUAUUCCCCAGUGCUCGUGGCCUAAAGUGUACUUGUGAAGAGAAAGAGGUAGUACGAGCUCCUGCUGCGGGAAAGCUCCUCCUGCUCCAACGAACACACUCGAGUCUCGACUCGUCACGCACUCACUCGCGAACCCUUCUCUCUUCUUCUUUGAUUAUUGUGAUGAGCGUCAGGGAAACCAAAGGUCUAAAAUGAAGCAAAGUCAAACGAGACAUGACAAUGUACCUACUACAGGGUGGCACGAGGGGCUCUUUGAGAAAUAAGAUACAAAAAAGAAAAAGAUUCGUCCCUACCAGGGGCUCGUACCCUCCUAUCUGACAUUUUAUCGCAGCUACAGUAAAGUCUAACACUGUUAUCGUACUAGAGAGCAGCAGCAGCUUGUUGUAGAUUUCGUUGCAACGGCGUCGACUUCGGUCCAGUCAACUCAGAGUUGAUGAGUGAAUAAUAAUUCUGCCCGCUCGUUCUUAUCCCUUAAAAGAUUCCCUGGGUUAGUCGUCAUUAUUAGAUCUUGCACACAGCAAUAAAUAAAUAAAUACAUAAAAUAAAUACACGGCAUUUGUAUUUGGUGGAAACGUUAGGAUUGAAUGUCCUUUUAUAGAUCACAUUCUAAUGUUGUUUUGAUGAAAAGUCUAGUUUCCAUAUAUACAGUAUAUACAAAUACUAUAUACAUAUAUUAAUCAUCUUUACGUUGUUGAUGUAUAUAAUAUAUUAUUAUUAUUAUUGAUUAAUGAUACUAUACGGGGAAACAGUGAUGUAAACUGGAACCAUUACAGUUUCCACUCCUGUCUUGCAUCUUGAUGUAUUGCAUUACUUUUCAUUUAGGGUUUAAGGUUCUUGGAAUUUUUCCAUAUUUCUCUAUAUUAUAGUAUGUAGUUACUACAGGUAUUCAUUACAUGAUGACUGAGAGAAGACUCACGAUCGUCGUCGCAUCCAGAUAAUGUAUCAAUCAGUUGGUUUUCGAGACCCUUCCGCGUUCAUUUUUUCUGGACUCACAAAAUCAAAAUGUUACAUGCUAUCUAUCCUUAAGAGCGAAAACGAAGGGAACUUUUUCUCCGGACGAUAUGUAAUGCCUCUGUUCAGGUGUCUGCAGAUAUUUUAUACAUGUCAUUGAGAUAUGAUUACCUAUAUUCAUUAGUCUAUGCUAGGUACAUUUAUAUAAUACUUUGUUCUAGUAAUCAUGCAUAGUGUAUGUGAAGUUUUACAAAGUAUAUAUUAUUAGUUUCGAUGAGUUUGUCUUAUUGGAAGAAAGAAAGGAGGAGGAGGAGUGUCAGAUUGACAAACACAAGGCCAUUAUGGUGAUGAUAUGAUGAUAUGAUGAGGUCGAUAAAGCAAAUGAAUUUGUCGUUUGACAGCUUUGUCAUUUGGAAUUUUUUUGUCACUUGGAAACAUUUGUCAUUCCCACGAUCUGAUUUCAGAUCUGCAAUCCUCUGACACCAUCCUCAUUCCCCAAGCCCUCUUCUCUUGUGUAACAUUGACUGUAAGUAACUGCAACUGUAUUAUUGCCUGCCUACACAAACUUUUUCCAAACAGGCAAACGCAGAAAUAAACAUUAGAAUGUUAAAAAAAAAACUUUGAAAUGGAUGUUAUUAAAGGUUUUGUAUUAUUGUCAGGGGAAUGUUAUGAAACUGAAAGGAUUCCAAAAUAAUGAAUAAAUGAAUCAUUUGUUGUACAGUAAACUUAUCAAUGCAUAUGUUGGCUUGUCAGGAUAUGAUGAGAACAUUCCGCAAUGUUCAGAAAGACUUUCAACAUUUUUUGUUCUGUAAUGUUACCUCAUAUUCUGCAGCUCUCUCUCCGAGCACAAAAUGUUACAGAGAUAAGCUUCGAAAUGUUUUUUGAUGUUAAUUACCUUGUUUUAUAUCAACUGGUACAGACACCACGGAGUUGGUUUGUGGUUUAACACGUGGUUUGUAUGAAAAUAAGAUAUAACAGUAGAAAUAGUAUAGAUGACUUGUAAUCAAACGUAGGACCAUAUGUAUCAAUAGACGCUUUUUUGCAUUCACUCUCUUCAGUGACCUAUUAAUGCAUUAUUGCCUUAAAUUUUAUGAGGAUUCCUUUGCAGAAUGUUUUUAGAACCCAGCUGAUGCUUACAGGGAAAACUUGUUUGACCCCUAAUGACCUUUUUAACAGCGAUAUUGAAACCCCCUUCCUUGUUCGAGAGAUUGGCUGCCUUGUCUUUGUUGUCAUCAGAAAAGCCAUUAAUUUCAACUGUAUGUUUCGUUUGACGUUACUUCCCAGUUAGCUUUGAACACCACCGAAAAAAAAGUAGCAGUAAGUAUCACUUGGGUUACUUUAAAAUGUAAAGCAGUUGAGCACUAAAAAUUUCUACUUUCAAUACAACGCAGUUGAUGUUAUAGCAUUAAUAUAUAAGCAGCAGACAAAGCAAAAAAAAGAAAAAAGAACAAAAAAACAGGGAAGUCUGGCUUAAUCGCCUUUCUGAAUUUGUAUUACCUCUGUUACUGGUCAGUAUGAUGAAGCAUUGUUAAAAAAAAAAAAAAAUUCAAGAAGUGAAGUUCUUAUGCCAUUCACGUUUUUGUGGCUGUUUUGAAACUGGUCGUGAAAAUGCCCGAAUCUUUUUUUGGCCCGCGGUUAUGAUACAGUCGUGAUUUUCAUUUGUUUUUGUGAUUCGUAUCUGAUCAUUGUUUUCUGUCUAUUUAAAAAUUCAGCAUCAUGUAAUGUUUUUCAGGCUGGAAUUAUGAUCUGCAAGAUCAGCUGAAGUCACAAGAAUAAUGAUGUUUUUCUGUUUUUUAACCAGAUAAGAUAAAAGACCUAUUUAAAAAGAUUUUUAAGAAUGUAUAUUCAAUUGUAUUGAUGAUUUCACUUUGUCAAAUUAACAUGUAUGAUAUUGUUCACCAGUCACUGUAUGAUCUGAAGGGAAAUAUGUUGUGUAAAUAUUAUUCGUUUUCUUAUAAUUGUGUCAUAAGUUAAGUUUGUUUCCUCUUAUAUAAAAUUUCAGCUCUUCGGAAAAUGUUGUAGCUCUUUUUAUCAUUAUCGCGUUGUCCAAAUUGAUCAAAGAACAGAAGAAUUCAUUCCAGUAUUGUAAUAUUUUCUUUGUGUCAGUGUUGAUUGGAUCUGUCAAUUUUCGCGCGCGAUCCCACCAAAACUGAACAUUAUCCAAAGAGCCAAAAUUGCCAUAAAGCGACUAGAUCAUUUGCAUAUUAUUUUUUAAGAUUUGUAAGAAGUGGGAGGAGCUAUCUCGCCAAAACCUCACAGCCUCCCAAGGGCAUUCAUAUCGAGAGUGGUAUAUCCUUCAAAACUGGAAAAGAGAAAGAAUAUUUCCUUGUGGUAUUCCUCGUCGAACGUUCUCGCUAUUUUUCAACCAUUUUUCCAACCCAGUGUGGCGGGCCGGCUGGGCAUAUUACGUAAACUUCUUGCCAGCUAAUAUGCAUGUGAUGUUUCUUACGCUUGUGAAUGCAUGGACCUAGCGCAGCACAGUAACACUCGAUUCAUAUUUAAAUAAGGAAGAAAAAAAAUCAUCAUAGAUUAUCUUAUCACGGUGAGAUUAACGUACGAAUGCCUUGUCAAUGAACAUUCCAAUCCUUGUCAAUAUUUGCUCUCUAUACUGUGUUUUAAGUACUUUUGGACCUAGAUAUACUAAAUGGGCUUUCCUCUUCCGACAUUGAAACACAAUUUAACGAAAAUAAAAGAAAAAAUGUCAUUCGUUCACUCUAAAAGCAAAAUUUUAAAAGUCAAACCUAAUCGGAGAAGUAUUACUAACGAAAAUAAAAGAGGACGGUUCUUUAGUCUUUUCCAAUGAGAUUCGAAACUCUAUACUUACUUUCUUGUCGUGACUUGUGGUCUCCUGUGAACUUUGUGCCGUUUUGUUUCGACUUCACUUCUUGGUGUUUUAAGAAACUCUUUUUAAACAGUGGUCCGAUGGGUGACGUAGGUUUUUAAAAUAAUAAAAAAAAAAAACUCGUUAGGAAGAGAAAUCGGUCGGCGAUGGAUUUGUUUUUUUCGAGUUAGCGAAGCACAAACGACCUACCUGCCACCCUCGGCCAUUCUUUAGACAUUUAUAGUAUAAAAAAAAACACUUCCUCUUCAACUUUUCUAUAGGUCAGCCUGUUUCUUAUAUGCCAUACUACUUACUACAAUUACCAUAAUGCCAUCGCUAUGAUUUUUUUCUUCAGUUGACGGUCCAUUGGCGUUUUUCGAGCAAUUGGCACCAGAUCGGUUUAUCCAACGCGCUGAUCCGAAAUUUUGCGAUGUGGUGUAUAAUACAAUACCGAUGCAAGGGCUAUAUAUAUGUACUCAUUUGGAAAUUGCACUCGAAGUUACACAUUAUUUUUUUACAUAUCAAAAUAAAAAAAAGAGAUGAGUCAUCAUUUGCUAUAAUGUAUAUUGGAAGUUUUCUGUAUUGUUUGAAAAUAUAUAUGUUAUUAGUAAAUAAGGCUAUGAUCCUGUUGUAUUUCUUUCUCAUUCCCUUCUCACGAGUUGUUACUCUCUCUCUCUCUCUCUCUCUCUCUCUCUCUCUCUCUCUCUCUCUCUCUCUCGUUUGUCCGAAUGACGCCGGAAAAAAAAAGAAAGAUAUAUUGUUAGAACGCAUCUCCUUAUGAGAGUAAGUAUUUCCUCUUGGCCAAUUGUACCCGCCCCCAAUCUCUCUCUCUCUCUCUCUCUCUCUCUCUCUCUCUCUCUCUCUCUCUCUCUCUCUCUCUCUUUGUUUAGGUAAUGAUUACUUCAUUAUGCAAAAUUACCACAAUUGAAAUGAGACACUUUAUCGUGAUUCUGGAAGUGAAGAGUACGACUGAUAAAGGUUUCCUUUUUUCUUUAUUUUGAAGAAAGAUUUAAUGAAGAGGGUACAUAAUAAAGGAAGGAUACUUG